ACACACUCACACUCACACUCACACAGCAGCAGCAGCAUCAGAUUAAAGACGAACACAGAUGAAAAUGGGCGUGUCCAGAGUUCUGCUUGGCCUCGCCCACCUGACCAGUCUAUUCGCUGCUGUGGUGAUGAGUCACGAGGGGGCGUGUCUUCGGGAUGGCCGACACAAAGCCACACCCUCUCCAGAGCGCCAUCUGCAGGAGUGUUCGCUCUACACUGAGAACUCGUGUUGCUCUGAAACGGACAUCCAGGAUCUGUCUGUCUCUGUGUCCACGGUGGAAAACACUCACUGGGAUAAAUGUGGUGUCCUCAGUCCUCUCUGUGAAUCCUUCCUGAAGCGCGUGGUCUGCUUUUACCGAUGUUCUCCUGAUGCUGCUCGUUGGCCACACCCACAUCAGGGCUCCUCCCUGAAGGCAGUGCCUCUGUGCCACAGCUUCUGCAGAGACUGGUUCGAGGCCUGUAAGAUGGACAUGACGUGUGCUCGUGACUGGACCACUGACCCACGCGGACAGAACUGCACCGGCGCAUGUGUGCCGUACCAGCAGAUGUAUCAGCAUGGCCGGGAUCUCUGCGAGAGUCUUUGGGGCGACGCGUUCAUGACUGUUGAAGACGACCCCGGUGAGGAGGACGGAGUGGAGGGCUCCAGCUGCGGCUGUCUGACGCUCAGCCCUUCAGAUCGAGAGGUGAUCGCGGCGCUGAGGGUUCAAGAAGGAGACCCUGAGGAGCUGGACACCACUAAAAGUGGUCUGCCGCAGUACAGGGCGCCGUGUCCUCCAGCGCAGCCUCAAACACGCAGCGCCACAGCGCCACCGCAGGCGCGGAGGAGCAGUGUGAGCAACGGACUGCGCAAACGCUCCGUCCUCGCCACUGAUAUGGAGGGAAGUGGAAGCGGAUUUUAGAUUAUUAUCUGUGCUUUAGAUCUGAUGAAUGUUUCUUAACCCUUGUGUAUUGUUCAGAUGUACUACCCUUUCGUUAUGUUCGGGUUUUGCCCCAAUGACUUCCAUUUAUAAUGACGCUUUUUGAUUGCAAUGCCUUGACACCAUACCCAGCAAGCAUUUUUUUGUUUUUAAUAGAUGUCUAAUAGAUGUUUGAACUUAUCUUGGCUAAAACAAAGAUAAUUUGGGGCUGUCAGUGAAAAUAGAUGUCUCAAAAUAAGCCAAAGCUAGACUAGUCCUGAAAUAAACAGAAAUGAUUGACUACACACAUUAAGUCUGUCUAAUCCAAAGGUGUCAAACGUAUGGCCCGCAGAUGAUUCUGUAAAGUAUAAAAAUGAGCUGCAAUUUUUCAAUAAAAGAAACCGCUGUUCCAGUUGUGUCCACUGGAUGGCGCAAUAGCAGACUAUUAAUUUUAUCCGAUCCGGAAGACUGAAUAAGCGUUAGUUUGACAGCCUUCUCAGAGAGAAAGACCACAUCUAUGCCCUGCCACACCACACUAAGGUGAUCUCUUGUGGAAACGUAACAAAGGAGGCGUGGCAACCAACCACACCCCUAAACUCAACCAUCAUUGGUGGAUGAGCAAAUCCUACUAAAUUGUACGAAUGAGAUUGUACGUCGGUCCCCACUAAGUUAGGGACCACAAAUCUUUUUGAGCAAGUAAUGAGCAAAAA